AUGAUUUUAGCAGACAUGGGAGCAGAAGUUAUUAAAGUGGAGAAACCAGGUUUUGGCGAUGAUACAAGAACAUGGGGACCACCAUUCUGUUGUACAGAAAGUGCUUACUUUAUUAGUGUUAAUAGAAAUAAAAAGAGUAUUGUUAUUGAUUUAAAAACAGAACAUGGGAAGGAUUUAAUACGAAAGCUUGCUUGUGUCAGUGAUGUCUUUCUUGAAAAUUACCUACCUGGAAAACUAUCUGAAUUUGGCCUUGGAUACUCUGAGCUGUCCAAGAUAGCUCCCCACCUCAUCUACUGUUCAAUUACAGGCUAUGGACAGAAUGGACCCUAUGCCAAGAGGCCUGGUUAUGAUGUUAUUGUUGCUGGUGUAGGAGGUCUGGUACAUACUACAGGACCCCAGAAUGGUGAACCAUGUAAAGUUGGUGUAGCUAUGACUGAUCUAUCUACUGGACUUUAUGCUCAUGGUGCCAUCCUUGCUGCUCUUCUUCAUCAACAAAAGACUGGAAGAGGACAGUAUCUAGAUUGUAAUUUAUUGUCUACACAGGUAGCAUCCUUAGUCAACUUGGGAUCCAACUACUUAAAUGCUGGCAAGGAAGCUACUCGACAAGGCACAGCACAUGAAAGCAUUGUUCCAUAUCAAGGAUUUGCCACCUCUGAUGGUUAUAUUUUGAUUGGAGCCGGAAAUGAUACACAGUUCAAGGCUUUAUGUAAACUUCUUGGUGCUACUGAUCUGAGUAAAGAUGAACGUUACAAAACAAACAAAUUAAGAGUACUCAAUCGAAAAUGUUUGCUCAGGCAAUUGUCAGACAUAUUCAGUCAGAAGAAUACAACUGAAUGGCUGAAACAAUUUGAAGGAUGUGAAUUUCCAUAUGGACCAAUCAACAAUAUGAGCCAAGUAUUUGCAGACCAGCAGGUUCAUGAAUGUGGGCUUAUCCAAGAGAUGAAACAUCCCCAAAUUGGAAAAAUUCGCCUUCCUGCUCCUGCUGUUGAUUAUGUGAGUCAGGUGGUCACUACAGAACACUUUGCUCCACCUAUACUUGGCCAACAUACACAGGAAGUUCUUAGAAAUGUAUUAGGGUUGGGGACAGUAGAAAUUAAUGACUUAAGUAAGCAAGGUGUGAUAAAGUGUGCCUCUUAG